GAUUUUUUGAUUAAAAUCAAUUUUGAAUUUUGAACAAAUUUUUUGAGAUUUUCGAAAAUACUUGUAAAGUUUAAUUAGAUUAGGGUUAAAUAGAUUAAUACUCAUCCCAUUUGUAAAUUGUUUAUACUGGUGCACCAAAUUGCCUACAUUUUUACUUCUCAUUGGAAUCGUGAAUAAUGCAAAAAUCUGAACGAUAUGGAUAACGAUGAAGUAAAGAAUUGCGAUAUUGUUUUCCCCUUACCUUCGACUUCCAGGAUUUCUUCGCAAGCUUCUGAUUUGGAUAAUUCAUCGCGAGAAGAUCGAUUUUCAUUUCUCAGAAAAUACCCAAACAUCACGAGUCCGGUCUAUGAACUACAUGACUUUACUGGCAAAAUUCGUGCAAAACGGUUUCCUAAUCGUUUCAAGCUUUCGCUCUCGUCCAUAGAUGAAGUAGUGUAUCAAGAUAUCGGAACGUUAGUUCUCAAAUCGAAUCAAGUUCGCCAUCUAUGCAAAGCUGUUCUGACAAAUCAACUAGGUUUCGUUUCCACCCUUUUAGAUCACGGAGUAUCGCCCAAUUGUUUCGAUGAACACAGACGCUCUCCUUUACAUUUGGCCGUCAGUAAAGGCUAUUGUGAAAUGGUCCAGUUAUUAUUGGACAGAGGUGCUGAUCCAAAUAUAAAAGACGGAUUAGGAAAUUCUUGUCUUCAUUUAGCCGCUUGUACAAAUAACGUUGAAAUGGCGUUCGCAUUAAUUAAAGGAGGUGCAAGCGUGGAUGCGGUAGAUAUUAGAGGCAGGAGCCCGGUGCAAUUAGCUCAGUCCAAAUUGAGAAUUUUACAACAAUCGCCCAACGAAUCCAUUAAAAGCAAAGUUACACAAAUUAUCGAUAUGUUGCUUUUAUACUUGGAGAAAGGAUCAAAAACUCAAGUAAAAAACGACGAAGCGGAAUUUCUAUCAAAUUUCCACAAUCGUUUACAAAUAAGUAACACGCCUGAAAAACUAUCCAGUGAAAUCGAUAGUCUGCGAAAAAUGUUAGAUCAAAUGGAAACGUUGUCUCUUUCUUGAACGAACGCAAGGUACCUACGUAAAAUAAUCGCGCUAAUUUUGAUUUUGAAAAAUGAAGCAAGGAUGGUUGACCAUCAUCGUAUCACAUAUCCAAUUGACGUAUUGCGCCAGAACAUUAAACAAGGGUUAUUGUAUUGUGACCAUGAGGCCCUUUUUGUUGACAUUGGUGUAUGAAUAUAUACAUACACGUGCAAUACGUGCAUACAAUAUAUGUAUGAUUUGUUUACGAUUUUUAUAAACCAUAAGUAUAUUAUAUUGCUACUUCCUCGAA